UGAUAUCCAUCUCAUUAUCAACAGAGGUAAGCAGUAGGAUGGUGUCUGGGGAGGCAGGAGGGCACAGCUACUUGGUGGCGUGCUGGCAGCCCAUCCUGAUCCUGAUGCUGGGCACUGUCCUUUCUGGCUCGACCACCGGUUGCCCCUCCCGAUGUGACUGCAACGCUCAAGAGCGCUCGGUCGUGUGCCAUCGACGGAGACUGGCUGCUCUUCCUGAGGGCAUUCCCACUGAAACGAGGCUUCUGGACCUCAGCAAGAACCGUCUGAAAACAUUGGGGCCUGAGGAGUUCAUUAAUUACCCUCAGCUGGAAGAGCUUCAACUUAACGAAAACAUAAUUUCAUCCAUUGAGCCUGGGGCUUUUAGCAACCUUUUGAACCUACGAACUCUGGGUUUGCGCAACAACCAGCUGAAGCUCAUUCAGCUGGGGGUGUUCACAGGCCUGACCAACCUCACCCAGCUGGAUAUUAGUGAGAACAAAAUUGUCAUUCUGCUCGACUACAUGUUCCAGGAGCUAUACAACCUGAGGGCUCUGGAGGUUGGUGACAAUGACCUAGUAUUCAUCUCACCACGAUCGUUUCAUGGCCUCAGCAACCUUGAAAGCCUCAACAUUGAGGGAUGCAAUCUGGCCUCAGUGCCCACUGAUGCCCUUAGCCAUCUGCAUAACCUAUUGUCACUUCGAUUACGCUACCUGAACGUCACUGUCAUAAGGGAUUAUUCCUUUAAGAGGCUGUAUAGGCUCAGAGUGCUGGAGAUUUCUCAUAUGCCUGCCCUGGAUACCAUGACCCAAAAAUGCUUGUUUGGACUCAACCUCACAUCACUGUCUAUCACAAACUGUAAUCUUACCGUCAUCCCCUACCAAGCCAUCAGUCACCUAAGAUAUCUUCGCUUUCUGAAUCUGUCUUUCAAUCCUAUUCAUACUGUGGAAGGAAACCAACUGUACAAUCUGCAGAAGCUCCAGGCUUUUCAUUUGGCUGGUGGGAGAUUAGCUGCCAUUGAGCCCUACUCUUUCCGAGGACUCAAUCAUCUCCGUGUUCUCAAUGUAUCCAGCAAUAGCCUGAGCACCCUGGAGGAGUCUGUUUUCCACUCAGUGGGAAAUCUGGAGACCCUGGCUUUGUAUGAUAACCCUUUGGCCUGUGACUGUCGCUUACUCUGGGUCUUCCGUCGGCGGUGGAGACUUAACUUUAACAGACAGCAGCCUAUAUGUGCUUCACCUGAAGUUGUGAAAGGAAAGGAGUUCAAGGACUUCCCAGACAUCCUCCCUUUUGACUAUUUCACCUGCCAGAAAUCAAAGAUUGUGAAUAACAAGGUUCAAGAAAGCCAUGUGGAUGAAGGGACUACGGUCCAUUUCGCUUGUCAAGCUGAGGGUGAUCCAGUCCCAGUGAUAAUGUGGCUUUCUCCUAAGAAGGAAUACAUUACUACCAAAACUGUGGGGUCAAGACUUUCUGUGUCUAAUGAGGGCACAUUGGAGGUGCGUUACGCCCAAAUCCAGGACAACGGCACGUAUUUGUGCAUUGCAAGCAAUGCAGCAGGCAAUGACACCAAAGCCGCUCACCUUUUUGUGCAUAGCUAUUCUCCCAAUUGGCCCCAUCAGCCAAACAAAACAUUUGCCUUCAUUUCCAACCAGCCCAGUGAUGAAGGUGCUAAUGUGACCCGGGCGACAGUUCCAUUUCCAUUUGAUGUAAAGACACUUAUUAUUGCAACCACCAUGGGAUUUAUCUCUUUCCUCGGAGUUGUCCUCUUCUGUCUUGUAAUUCUGUUCCUCUGGAGUAGAGGGAAAGACAAUACGAAGUCAAGUAUAGAGGUUGAAUAUGUUCCACGUAAAGAGGAAACUGAGGAGGCCAGUCCAAAUGAGGCACCCAUACAAUUCAACAUGAAAAUCAUGUGAAACUCAAAAAGGAGGUCAUGUAAGCUUACAAACUUCAGUCGGGAUGCAUACUAU